GCGACUUAUCCGCAUCUGUUUACGACCCUUGUACCACAUACAGCUGAUUUGCCCCGCGACAAAGAUCACGCAUUCCAGCCUCCAGACUGUGUAGUCUCUGUCGAAAUCUUGUCGCAGAACCAGAGGGGAACUCGACUCCCACCUCUUUUGACAACAGCAGCCCGACCAUCCUCUCCUUCGACCGUUCGGCCGCAGAUGGGUUUGCUCAACGUCGCAAGUACCGAACCAGCCCGACAAUGACUUGAAGACAAUCGCUGAGAUAUGUUACUCCCACACGCCCUGUUCCACGCUGGUCUUUUGGCCUUCGUUACACCUGUGUCUGCGCAACUUCCCUACAACCCGACACGUAUCAUACCAACCGAGAAUGGCGAGAUCGCAUACAUAUUUUCACCGCAGCCGUCGUCCUCCCAGUUCUCACUGUACUCGCUAGACAUCUCUCAUGGCUUCAACUCGACAUCGACGAAGGAUCGACUCUCGGAAACCCUGCCGUUCCUGUCCGAGACGACUCCAGAAGCAUUCAUAGCAAUACCUGAUGACGAAGGCAUCACAGUAUUGGCAGGCGAUUGCAACAAUAGUACGAAAGAGAUUGGACUGUGGAGGCUUGGAACAAAAGGCGACGGCAAGAAUAGUACCUGGACACAGUUCCCGCUUUCUACAAGCGAUGCAUCCUUACGGCCCAGAUACCUAUCGGCGGGAUUUUCCUUCUCUCCUACGGAUUCCAGUGAUGAUGUGUCGGUGUACGUCUUCGGAGGGAUGUGUCCCGACACUUCCACCCCCAAUACCGCAGACUGGGUUUCAGAUGCCACAUACUCGAACACCAUGUUGACACUGGCUCCGAGCUCAGAGUCUUCGAGCAGUUCACCAUAUCAACUGUCUCUGACUGGGGCAAGAGCGCCGCCUAUCGCCGAAGCUGGGCUCACGAUAACACCACUGACCCCGAUCUUCUCGAACACGUCUGAAACAAGUGUCUCCCAACAACAGAAUGUUGUCCUGCUCGGUGGCCACACCCAAACUGCAUUCAUCAACAUGUCUCAACUGGCUAUAUUUUCUCUACCACAAGAGUCUUGGGCAUUUGUCGGCGCUGCCCAGCCUACGGACGGGACCACAGUCGAACCUCGAUCUGGACAUACUGCCAUACUGACACCGGACGGGUCGAGGAUUAUUGUGGUUGGAGGUUGGGUAGGAGACAUAUCGACCCCUGCACAACCGCAGUUGGUCGUACUUGAAGUCGGACAAGGCUACGGUGGUGGAGGCGCCUGGAGAUGGACGGCACCGUCUGCAUCUUCUAACCCUUUCUCUGCCGGAUCAGGGGUCUACGGUCAUGGUGCUGCUCUGCUACCAGGAGACGUCAUGGUGAUCUCCGGGGGGUUUCCCAUUGGCAAGUCAGGCACACGCAAAAGAGACGGAACAGUUGGAGACAUGUUGUUUCUCAACACCACCACAAUGUCUUGGACGAGUACAUACACAAACCCUUACCCAUCUGGGUCGCCAACUGCCGCUGCGAGCUCAAAUUCAUCAUCGGGGGGUUUGCGACCUGCAGAAAAGGCCGGCUUGGGCGCUGGACUUGGUCUAGGAAUAGCAGCAGCCGCCGGUGUGGCAAUUGUCUGGCUUCUGUACUCGCGCAAACUGCAACAGAAGCGAGCCGUAAGGGAGAAGGAGUUGCGCGAACAGGCCUUGGGCAGUCGCUUUCAAUCACCCACCCCACCACAUCAUACUGACAGGGAUGCUCCCAGUUUUCGUUCUGCCAGCUGGGGCGCUAUGCAGGAAAAGCACAUUGAAAGUUCCGGCAACCCUUACCCCUGGGCUCCAGUCACUGCUCCGGGAGAUGCUGGGAAACUGCAAAUGCCCUCUGAUGAAGACGGCAAUUAUUCGAAGCUUGCAGAGCGUACUGGGGUACUGAUGGAGGUCCCCAGUCCUACUCGAGGGUUGAGGAGAAGUCUCAGCAAUAGAGCACCCCUGGGAUUUGGACCCUUCAAUCAACACCCACCUACCGGGGUACCAGGUCCCGUUUUCCGGAUUGACGAGGAGGACGAGGGCAGCCAAAGCGGCUUUUCCAGGCGCGCGAAGGGUCUUCAGGGCGACUUAGAUCGCAAUUCCAUCCAAAGCAAUCCGUUCAAGGACCCUGUGACCGCUGUUGAAGAUCCGGCAGCACAACGAAGGAAAGAAGUCGAAGGCUGGGUGGAGGAUUGGCAAUCUGCAGCAGAGUCAUUCAGCGUCUCGAGAAACACUAGUCAGGCGCACAGUCGAACACAUUCGAACCUCUCUCAAUUUCGUCCACCAACCACUGCUGGAGACCACUCAGGGCGAGGUUCACCAGAAAAGUCAGACCGUACAGGAAGCAAUUUGUCUGACAGUAGCGCAUUCACCAGUUCUUCGCUUCAAAGGUCCAUGGCUGGCACGAUAUCGCGGAAUGUCUCUCAAAGAAGUGUUAGUGCGGGCUAUGCGCUGUUUGCAGGGGCUGCAGCUGCGAUGAGUAGAUUUGGCGGCGGCCGCACAGCUCAGAACGAAUCCCUGAAUAACGGGGGUCUUGCUCGAGCGCCAUCAAACCGGAGUGUGUCUUUGAACACUGAUUCGGCGGGGCGUCCAAAUGCCAGCGAUAAUGCCGACAGAUACGCAUUUGCUCGUGGCAAUCCUUGGGGCCCUGUUACGGUAGGUGAGAACCAGGGCCUGCUCAAGACACGUGGUCAGCCUCAAGUCAAUCGAUCAUACAAGACAUUGCCUGAGAACACUCUAGCAGACAGAUAUGCGAGAGCAGGCAGUCUUUCUGGCACGACUCGGAAAGCCAUGAACCUGCUGGGUAGUAUGCGACGUGUUUUUACAGGCACCGGCAACGUCGAUGUCCAGGAGCGGGUCGGCGCGCUGGAAGACCGCAGUACACAAUCAAGCCCGACAAAGCGAGCUGAGAUGAGAGACGUCGCUCCGAGCAGGACUUUAAGUGCAGGAGCAUCGUCGUUCUGGCAGGGCAAACGUGGAGCGAAGGACUGGGACGAAGACCUGCCGGAUCGAGGUGAAGCUGGACCAUCCUCGGUGCAAAGGAAACCCGUGCCGAGACUAGCUAUCGGCGACAAUAACCAGGAAUUGGACGACGAUGACGAUGACUGGGACGUCGAAACUGCCGUGCAGAAAAGAGUAGUCCAGGUUAUGUUCACAGUGCCCAAGGAGAAGCUGCGUGUCGUCAAUGCCGAUGCACUGAGUCUGUUAAGCAGCAACAGAAGCGAAGCCGACCAUGAAGAAGACAAGGAGAGGGAACAUGUCAAAAGGAUGAGCAGCGUUCGGGAAGGGGAUGAUGAAGAUUAUGAACCUGACGACCCCACGACUCAAACGAAAGGGAAAGAGAGGGAGCACUGAGUGACCAGCGGGUGCCAUUGGACCACGAUUGCAGAUUAUAUUCUUGUACUUAACUUAUUCUUGUGCUCUUUCAGUAUAGAGACCAGGGUUGGGAGGGUUAUCUGAUAUUCUAGGACUGGGUGUGGGUUGGUGUGUCUCAAGCCGAGCGAAGGUGUUGGCGUUGGCAAUGUGCUGUGUAUAUUCGCUACAUGUCGUUAGAUGAACAGUCAAUCCAUCUUGCUCCUCAA